UGCUAUAGUUUGACGCAGAGGAGACGAAUUGUUGAAUACAUCAUUAUUUUUGUUUUCUUUGCGUACAAAAGUAUUCUCGUAGCUUCGUAUAAUUACGGUUGAACCCCUGAUGUCACAUGGAUUAUUUUGCCGAUCUUCUUGCUACACUUCUGGACCUUGAUCAUAAUAAUUACCUUGCUGUCUGUGGGAGGGUCAGAGAGAUCUCAGAAUGCAUCAAAAAUAUCUUAAUUUGUAUUCUGAAGAUGAAGGUCUUACGGGUUUGGAACGAGAUGAGGGUGCGUAAUUAAUGACAGAAUUUUCAUUUCUGAGUGAACUAUCCCUUUAAUAGUGAUGCAUUAAAAUAACAAUGAAUUAUAACAAAUAAAGUAUUAAUUUAACAAAAAAGUAUUAAUAUUACUAUUAAUUAAGUAAUCUAACUUUAAAAAAAAAUAUAUUCUUCUUUUUCUCCCCUCUCAGUAACUAUUGUUUCUGGUUGUUUCUAAAAAAAGAUUACAGAACAUAAUAGUGUCAUAAUUAUCACAGAAGAAUUAUCUUACUUUACCUUGCUUUGACAAUUGUGUUGGACAGUGGGGGUCAUUUGUGUCUAAAGCUUGAGAACUGGGAUCAUAGUAUCAUAUGGAACCAUUAUCCAGUGAUGCUUCCCACACAAGUCAGUGUCAAAGUAAAUUUUAGUGACAUUUGGCCAAACUGGAGGAACAACCUUGACUUCUGUGUGAAGUGGGUAUUGUGUGAAAACACAUUACAUACAAUGAACAAACAAGAGGGAAUGUUUCCAGGUCAUGACGGUCAUGUUCUGGGUGGCAUUUUAGAACAUGCCUGAAAAAUCUGGAAAACCCAUGUCCCAAGAUACAUACAGUAUACUGUGAAUUCAAGUAUAAAGUAGGGAGCUCAAAAUACUCCGCAUGCUAUUUGUCAUUAGGCAUCAAAUACUGAAUACAGACUAGAUUUUAGUUGUAUCAUCUGUUGUAGAUGUUUUUCUGAAUGUCCUUAAGAUACUACAAAACACACUGUUCAAAUUGUCUUUUUUUUUUUUUUUUUUUUUUUUUUUUUUUUGUGGGCUAGCAUUCUUAUCUGAAGCCCUGGAAGUGUUUAUUAGUAGUUUUAGUAGAUAUUUUCAUGUGCCAGUAGAUUUGUGUCACUUUGGUCUGCAACAGAAAAUGCAAUUGUCCCUUUAGAUUUUGGUUAAAAGGGUGUUAAGCUGUUUGUUAUAAUCAUACUUUGGACAAUCAUAUAUAAUAAUGGCAAUUGUAAUAGUGUAUAAUUGUAUAAUCAGUUGUAGCAUGUUUUUUCCCUCUUGGAAAUAUUACUGUAUAAUAUUAAACACACACUGGUGAAGAAACACUUCUCUUCUGCAAGUUUUCACUUGAUUUUGGAGUUUCACAAAUUCAGCCAUUUAGCGAUGAUGUGAAGAGAGUGGGUGAAUGAGACAGUGGAGCUUCAGAUGAGAAGAAUGGAGGGAAUGUAAGUCUAGUUCCCACCAUUUUAUCGACGCACUCUUCCCCCUUCAUUCUCUCGCUUCUCUCUUCCAGUAAACAGACCACAGGAUCACAGGUCAGUCAAAUUACUUAUCAUUUUCAGAAUUUGAUGUGCUCACUCUAUGCCUUAGUAGAAUAAUCAACACCUUUUUAUGUGUAUUCAGUGAAAUAUUUGACUUUGGAAAUUAAUUUUACCUAUAUAUUCAGUCUAUGUUCUUUUUAUUUACAGUGAAAUCUCAAACUUUUGUUCAAAGUUUUUUUUGUACGAAUUCUUAUAGGCUGUGUUAUAUACUGCAAUGAACCCAAGGGACCUAGAUCAAACUGGAAACAUGUUACCUAUUGGAUCUCCCCUUGACUCCCCCUUUCUGUCCUCAGCAAGACUCUCCCCAUGUCUUAUCCCUCUUUCUCCUUCCCCUUCCCGUCUCUCACCAUGUCCCAUUAACUCAGGCUCUUCUCCCUCCCGUCUCUCACCUUUAUCCACUUCUCCUUCUUGUCUCAGUCCAUCUUCUCACUUUAUUUCGUCUUACUCUCCUGUUUGUAGGUCUCCCUGCCCCACAUGUGAUCUAUCUACCUCACCUAUUAGAGUGUCCCCCUGUCCCGUGCAUCUUUCCCCCUCUGUUGUCUUAAAAAAGCCCAUGAACAUUUCCUCCUUAAGUCAAACCGGGCAAAGCUUGGAACAACAGAACCACAUUGAUAGUUCUCCUCAAAGCAUCAUCAAUACAGUGGAUACAUCCCUAAAUUCACCACAUCUGAAGUCAGUCAAUACCAUUUCUCAAUUAGAGACAUCAAUUGGAGUGCUACCAGCAGAUGAAAACAAACCAUUACAUUCUGCAGAUAUGCAUGGUAAAACAUGGCCAGUAGAAAGCAAAAUGUCUAGAUUAACGCCUGUUUCAUCUACUGAGAAAAGUGUAAGAUCAAUGCCCAUAACCAACACAAGGGGUCAAAAAAAGCAAACUGGCCAACAGCAAGAUCCAUUCAGACCUCCACAGCAGGAUAAACUAAAGCAAAAUUCGAACAUCUAUUGCAGGGGUGCUACCAAGCCUUCAACAUUUGAAAGCUUAAGCCCUAAAAACCUCCGACAUGUUGAAAAAAGUGCAUAUAGACCACAACAUUUAGCUAGCUAUCAAAAGAAGCUCCAAUCUCAAGACCCUACUCUAGUUCGAAUCCGGCUUGGAUUGAUUAAAACAGGCAGGAUUAUAAACUCUGGUGCCCAGUUUUCCAAUCUGGAGAGGAUCAAGGGAAGCAAUGAAGAAGAGAACAUUCCAAAUAUUCAGAGCAAUGGACAUCCUGCUGUUUCAGAAAAGUUAAAACAGCCUAUUCGUUCAAAGAUAUUGUUAGGAGCAACCAAGCGGAUAAUAAGACCCAUGAUUUGUGAGAGGAGCUGUUGGAAACCUCAAAACCAACCACAAGUUUCAGUUGAAGGAACAAGACAGUUCUCCAGACCGUCAGCACUUACAAAUCCAAUCUCAUUACCUAAAGCUACCACAAAGCAAAAGGUUAUUUUUCAAGAACUCAAUAAUGUACGUUCUCUAAAGGAAUACAGUAAAGUGGUUUCAUCCAAUUCAGAGCUUCAAGACAGAGCUUCAGAGAACUGUAAUGCCACCAAUGAAAGAAAUAUGAUGAUGAACUCCUCCCAACAUGACAACCAAGAGUCUAAAUCAAAGAUCAGGCCUCAGUCUGCAGCUUCCGAGACAGAGAGCACCAUCAUCACAUACAGUAAUGCAUCAGAUCAGUGCAGCCGGAUGAGCUGCUUCCAGUUCCCUUUGAAGAGUCAUAGAUCAUCCACUGAAUGCGGUCAGCUGAGCCGAAUCUGUAGACCUGUGAUCAAAAGAACAUCUGACAGUAGAUCUGCAUACUUCAAAACUCCUCAGGCAUGGAGAAGCUCUUCCUCAAACCAAACUACAGGGAACACAAGAAGGGAUGUCAGCAAUUCAUCCCGAAAUAGAUGCAGCCUUUCGGAUUCAGAUUCUUCUAAAUCUUCUUCAAGUGAAGCGAACUUGAGUGAAGAUUACAGAUUUGCAAGAAGACACAGAGGCUCGCAGUUAUACAAAAUGUGUGCUACUAGUUGUCCAACUAAAUUUGUUGGAGAUAAAUGCAAAUCAGCUGUUCACCCGGACCUCUCGGAUAGCCCAAACACACACACAGACUCUGAAAUGCUGAAAUAUCCCUUAGCUGGAUGGAUGCCACGGUGUCUCUUCACUCUAGAUCAACAACAAGAGUAA